AUGUCCCAGGGCAGGCCACUUCAGCUUACUAUGUCCCAGGGUGGGCCACUUCAGCUUACUAUGUCCCAGGGCAGGCCACUUCAGCUUACUAUGUCCCAGGGUGGGCCACUUCAGCUUACUAUGUCCCAGGGUGGGCCACUUCAGCUUACUAUGUCCCAGGGUGGGCCACUUCAGCUUACUAUGUCCCAGGGUGGGCCACUUCAGCUUACUAUGUCCCAGGGUGGGCCACUUCAGCUUACUAUGUCCCAGGGUGGGCCACUUCAGCUUACUAUGUCCCAGGGCAGGCCACUUCAGCUUACUAUGUCCCAGGGUGGGCCACUUCAGCUUACUAUGUCCCAGGGUGGGCCACUUCAGCUUACUAUGUCCCAGGGUGGGCCACUUCAGCUUACUAUGUCCCAGGGCAGGCCACUUCAGCUUACUAUGUCCCAGGGUGGGCCACUUCAGCUUACUAUGUCCCAGGGUGGGCCACUUCAGCUUACUAUGGCCCAGGGCAGGCCACUUCAGCUUACUAUGUCCCAGGGUGGGCCACUUCAGCUUACUAUGUCCCAGGGUGGGCCACUUCAGCUUACUAUGUCCCAGGGUGGGCCACUUCAGCUUACUAUGUCCCAGGGUGGGCCACUUCAGCUUACUAUGUCCCAGGGUGGGCCACUUCAGCUUACUAUGUCCCAGGGUGGGCCACUUCAGCUUACUAUGUCCCAGGGUGGGCCACUUCAGCUUACUAUGUCCCAGGGUGGGCCACUUCAGCUUACUAUGUCCCAGGGUGGGCCACUUCAGCUUACUAUGUCCCAGGGCAGGCCACUUCAACUUACUAUGUCCCAGGGUGGGCCACUUCAGCUUACUAUGUCCCAGGGUGGGCCACUUCAGCUUACUAUGUCCCAGGGUGGGCCACUUCAGCUUACUAUGUCCCAGGGUGGGCCACUUCAGCUUACUAUGUCCCAGGGUGGGCCACUUCAGCUUACUAUGUCCCAGGGUGGGCCACUUCAGCUUACUAUGUCCCAGGGUGGGCCACUUCAGCUUACUAUGUCCCAGGGUGGGCCACUUCAGCUUACUAUGUCCCAGGGCAGGCCACUUCAACUUACUAUGUCCCAGGGUGGGCCACUUCAGCUUACUAUGUCCCAGGGUGGGCCACUUCAGCUUACUAUGUCCCAGGGUGGCCCACUUUAG